CCCCACUCACACCACACUCACACCCCCACUCACACCACACUCACACCCCCACUCAACUGCCUCCACGCACUCUCAGUCUAUCUCACCCAUCCCUAUGGGCCCCGCCUAUUUUUUUAGAUCGAUAAUAAAUAGAACGUUGGCACUAUCUCUUCCUUUCUUCCUUGGGAUCUUUUCUCCCCGUCUUCUCUCUCUCUUUCUGCCAUUCCAUCUCGCCCUUGGGUGGAUCGGCUGACCACCUGAAAUACAAUCAGAAAAGGCAAGCCAUAUAGGCGCCUUCUCAUGGACGCGUGUCGAUGCCGCGAACUGGCUCCACGUUGCCCAUUCGACAUUGAUUGUUGUCAAAUAGACCUUGAUCGCGGACCAGCACCGAAAUGGUGUGCCUGGAACCACGACUUGGCACUACUGACAACACAACCCCAGCCACCAGCCCACCGUCCCACCGUCGCCAGUCCCUCUCAACGCGUCGCCCGCCCCUCUCAACGCGUCGCCCACCCCUCUCAACGCGUCGCCAGGCCGUACCAACUAGACCCUCAGCACCACAUGGAGGGACGCCUUAUUUUUUUAAUAUUUUUUUAUACCUUUCUAUUUAUUAUGGACAUCGAGAACCAUGUCACACCCCUGGUCGUGCCGUCCUACACGCAACACGCCGUCCGAUGUCCACAGCCCUUUUUAUUUUAUUUUAUUUUUUAUCUUCUGAUUCAAAUUUAUCCUUCCCUCCCUCUCCCCAUGCCCGAUCUUUCGGGCCUUUACCCUAAGGGCGCGUUCGGCGAAUUCCAGCCCUUUUCCUCCUCUUCCUCUUUCGUCCUAUUCUCCUAGCGCCGAUUACUCGUCCUGUCGCGCGUGCUUAUAAUCCGCGCCUGCUCUUAUUUAAUACAGGUAUCAAACAUCGCGAGUUCAGGUCGA